UGGCUUUCCUCUGCCUUCAAUCUUUCAUGUACACUUUGCCCUCUGCCGUAAAAUAAUGGCCCCCAGCCCCACCAUUCUCAUAAUCCUCCUCCUCGCCACCUUCCUUCCGCCUUUUGCCACCGCCAAAUCCACCAUUGAACCCUGCUCAAACUACAACACCUGCAGCGCCCUUGUCGGCUAUUCCCUCUACACCGACCUCAAAGUUUCCGAACUCGCUGCCAUUUUCUCGGUCGACCCUAUUUCUCUCCUCCUUGUCAAUGCCAUCGACAUCUCCUACCCCGACGUUGAAAAUCACAUCCUGCCGGAGGGACUUUUUAUCAAGAUACCCAUUUCAUGUUCUUGCGUCGACGGCAUUCGGAAGUCAUCGUCCACCGUUUAUAAAACCCGUCCUUCCGACACUUUGGCAUCCAUCUCCACCGUCAUUUACGGUGGCCUUGUGUCGGCCGACCAAAUCAAAGAGGCGAACCCCAAGGCCGCACUGUCGGAUCCUUCUGUGUUGAAUAUUGGGACGAAGCUCAAUAUCCCACUCCCAUGCACUUGUUUCGAUAACAAGGACAACGAUUUGCCCACUAUUUAUAUGUCUUACGUAGUGGCACCUACAGAUACGCUCAUGGAAUUAGCUGCAAGGUACAUUACUACUUUGACAGAUCUUAUGAACGUGAAUGCAUUGGGGAGCCCUGCGAUUAACGAGGGUGAUAUUCUGGCUAUUCCAUUGUCUGCUUGUGCAUCUAACUUUCCAAGAUAUGCUUCGGAUUACGGCUUGUUUGUGCCUAAUGGGAGUUAUGCUAUAGCGGCUAGUCAUUGCGUGCAGUGCAGUUGCGGGCCGGGAAGUCGCAGUUUGUACUGCAUGCCGACUUCAUUGGCAGUUUCUUGUUCGAGCAUGCAAUGCAAAAAGAGUAAUCUCAUGCUCGGAAAUGUCACCGCACAACAUACUAGUGCAGGUUGCAAAGUGACUUCUUGCAGUUAUGGUGGCUUUGUGAACGGAACCAUCAUCAACUUGUUGUCCACAUCUCUUCAACCUAGAUGUCCAGGACAACAACAAUUUCCUCCCCUCGUGCCUCCACCUACAACGCUUCCACAAUCAUUAUUCGCUCCGGCUCCAGCUCCGGCUCUGGCUUCAGCUCCGGCAGCAGCUCCUUCACCUUCACCUCCUGAGUCAGGUGGUUUUCCAACGACACACCGGCACAAGAAGCCUUUGGUGUUACCUUCAUCCGGAGCAAAUGUACCUAAUGGAAGUGCAUCUGUUAAUUCUUCAGGGACUGGCUCCUUAGUGAACCCUUUUUCUAUUAUUUCAACCACAUUUCUUUUAGGUUCUGUUAUCAAGUUUCUACCGUCACUUCCAUUUUGAGUCUUUGAUGAGUUUUUUGUUUUGCUUUCUUCAAGGGUGCACCACUCUAGCCGUGUAAUAUUUAAACAAUAUUAUAUGAUACAAGCUUAUAAUUUAUUUAUAAGUAGUUUUAUG